AUUAAUUAAGUUUAGGCGAAAUCUAACUGAAACACAAAUGUCAUGAACAAGAAAUCUUUUUUCUGUGGUGUCCUCGUUGGAGUUUUAGUAACAUGGACUCUUUCCUUUUACCUUUAUUAUUCAUUGACUGAGAGUUCGUCAACAAAAAUAUUUGCGAAAAAUAUUUUCAACGAUGAUAAUUCUAGUGAGGAUGAAUCUGACGAAAAUAGUAACUUUAUUGAAGACAAGGAAAAUGAAAACAUUGAUGGAAAGUUGUCACAUAUUAAGAGUAAAUUGUUGAAGGAAAAAGGCAAGAGAAAGCUGAGUCGAAAGUUGAUUGAAGAAAUGCAACCUGUGACAGUAAAGCAAAUUGAAGAAUUUGGAGUGAUAAGAAAUGUCGAGGAUCAGUUCAUUCGAGAUUCUGGCUAUAAAACUCAUGCAUUUAACGUUCUAGUUAGCAACCAAAUAGGGACAUUUAGAGAAAUCCCUGAUACUCGCCAUAAAAUAUGUGCUCAACAAAACUAUGAUGAAGAACUUCCAACAGCUUCAAUUAUUAUGUGCUUUUAUAAUGAAGAUAUCAACACUUUAAUACGAUCUGUUAAUACUGUCAUCAAAAGAACUCCGACGAAAUUAUUAAAAGAAAUUAUUUUAGUAGAUGACUCAAGUGACUUGCCGGAUCUCAAGGAAUAUUUAGAGAAACGAAUUCAAAAACUCGACUCAAGUCAUAAGGUUACAAUUAUUAGAAAUUCAAAGAGAGAGGGUUUGAUACGAUCUCGUGUGUAUGGUUCAAGGAAAUCAACCGGCGACGUUCUCAUCUUUCUCGACAGUCACAUUGAAGUGAAUCGUGAAUGGGUGGAACCUUUACUCAAUCUUAUUAAACACAAUAGUACUGCAGUUGCUGUGCCAAUUAUUGAUAUUAUCAACGCUGAUACAUUCGUGUACAGUUCAAGUCCAUUAGUUCGAGGCGGUUUCAAUUGGGGAUUGCAUUAUCGAUGGGACAACAUUCCAAAAGAUCUUUUGACAAAAGAAGAAAACUUUGCUGGGCCUUUUGCAUCACCAACAAUGGCUGGAGGGCUUUUCGCAAUUGAUCGUGAAUAUUUCAAAAAGAUGGGGGAGUACGAUAUGGGAAUGGAUGUGUGGGGUGGGGAAAACAUUGAAAUAUCUUUCCGAAUCUGGCAAUGCGGUGGAUCAAUUCAAAUUGUUCCGUGCAGCCGAGUUGGUCAUGUUUUCCGAAAGCGGCGACCUUAUGGAACUGUUGGAAAUGAUGACACAAUGAUUAAGAAUUCUCUUCGUUUAGCUCAUGUUUGGAUGGAUGAAUAUCUCGAAUAUUUCCUUGACCAUCAAAAGUCAGCAAAAGAAAAAGAUUUUGGUGAUGUUUCUGAUCGUCAGAAGUUAAGAAAGAAACUUAACUGCAAAUCGUUUAAAUGGUAUUUAAAUAAUAUUUAUCCUGAACAAAGCUUGCCUGGCGAGAAAUCAAAAAUGGAACUUCCAAAGUUUCAACCAUGGCAUAGCAGGAAGCGAAAUUAUCUGAGCAACUUCCAGAUACGACUCACAAACACUUCAUUAUGUGCGACCAUUUCAGGGCCGAAAGAGAAAAGUUUAUGGACGAAAGGAAAAAAUGUUGAGCUUGCGCCUUGUCUGCGUAUAAAAAGUCAAAUUUGGUAUGAAACGGAUAAGAAUGAAAUUGUUUUUGGUCAAUUAUUGUGUUUGGAAGCUCAAAGUUCGUCUUUCUCAAAACCUUUGUUAAACAAAUGUCACGAAAUGGGUGGCGAUCAGCAAUGGAAUCACCGACAAACGAAACGAACGCCAAUUUAUAAUGUUGCAACUGGUACCUGCUUGGCAGCACCAAAAGCUGAGAAAGGUGAAAAACUACAAUUGAAAAUUUGUGAAAAUUCUCCACUCAACUCAUGGGAUUUAAUCACUUAAAAGUUUUAAAAAUCAUUCCGAAUCAUUUUUUUAAUCCAUUUCAAUUCCAUUUUUUGCUAUUGUUGAUUGUUCAUAGUUGAAGUUUAAUAAAAAUUGUUUUUUAUUUACAAA